AUGCCCAAGCUCAGCAACAACCGCGCUGUACGCAUGCUCAAUGCAGCAGCAGAGGGCAAAUACGGCGUCCUGGGCGUGGUGUCGUACAAUAUGGAAACAAUCAUUGCCUGCAUUGCCGCAGCCGAAGCCAAGAAAUCACCUCUACAGAUUCUGCUUUUCCCAUGGGCCCUCAAGUACUCCCCCCUCUUCGUCGAUUUCGCCGCAAUGGCUGCCCGCAAAGCCUCCGUCCCCGUGACAGUGCAUAUGGAUCACGCGCAAGAUCCUGAAGUCAUCAAACAGGCGUCCCAGAUCAAGGCGCAUGACGGCACACCCGCUUUCGACAGCAUCAUGGUGGAUAUGAGCCAUUACGAGAAGGAGGAGAACCUGGCCAAGACGAAGGAGCUUGUGGCGCUGUGCCACAGUCGAGGCAUUGCGACGGAGGCUGAGCCUGGUAGGAUUGAGGGCGGCGAGGACGGGGUGAAAGAUACGGCGGAGUUGGAAGGGAUGAUGACGACGGCGGAGGAGGUAGACGAUUUCAUUGCGACUGGGAUUGACUUUCUGGCGCCCGCGUUUGGCAACGUGCACGGUGAUUACCAUGGUGUGGAGAACAUACAUCUGGAUUAUGAUCGACUGGCUUCGAUCCAGAAGAAGGUGGACGGGAGGGUGCAGAUUGUAUUGCACGGCACCAACGAGUUCCCCCCGGAUAUUAUGAAGAAGUGCAUCGAGCGAGGCGUGACGAGGAUCAAUGUGAACAAGCUUGUGCUGAGCGAUUACAACGAAUAUGUGGCGAAGAGUACUGGCAAAGUACCACUGACGCAGCUACUGGAGAAGGGCACAGCUUUGAUGCAAGCGCAAUGCGAGCAAUGGAUGGACGACAUUGGAUCGAGCGGCAAAGCAUAG